CUUAGUAACCGAGUGAAGUGUAAAACUCAAACGACAUUUUCCACACUCGAACAGCCGAACACAAGCCGCUCGUUCGGGAGGAGUUUGGCUGAUUUGCGUUCUAGACAAAGUAAGUUUCAAUCUCCAUUUCCAUUUUCCGGCGCUCCCAAAUCCCAAAAGCUUGAAAGAAAGCUGACUCACUGGGAAGAGAAGAGAUGCUCAUCAAUGGCGGGCUUCAGCUCCUCGCUGCUCCGCCACCGUCGAAUCCCUCCCUUCGGAAGAACAAACCUUCCUUCAACUGCAUCGGCCAAAUCUCCACCGCCGCCCCGACCGCCGACGCCGGCCUUCUCUUCCGGGAAAAGCUAAUCUACCUCGCUCACCUCAAAAUCGACACCAGAAAGGCCCUGACUCAGAAUCCGAAUCUCCGGUCGACUCCCCUCUCCGCCCUCCACUCUAUCGAGCGCUGCCUCGCCUCCAUGGGCCUCCACCGUGCCGCCGUGGGCAGAAUCCUUGACAUGUAUCCUAGACUCCUCACCUCCGACCCUUACCUAGACAUUUAUCCAAUCUUUGAUUUCCUUCUCAACGAGGUAGGAAUCCCUUUCCCUGAGAUCUCCAAGUCGAUUUCACGGUGCCCUAGAAUCUUAGUUUGUAGCGUGGAAGCCCAGUUGCGGCCGGCGCUUGAAUUCCUCCAGUCGUUAGGGUUUGUCGGUAGGAACGCAAUUACUGCCCACACCACGGUAUUGCUUGUUUACAAUAUUGAAAUUACUCUGAAGGGCAAGCUUGAGUACAUGAAAAGUUUGGGUUUUGAGGAGAGCGAGGUGAGGAAGAUGGUGGUCAGGUCGCCCGGGAUUUUGACGUUUAGCAUAGAGAAUAAUCUCGUGCCGAAAAUUGAGUACUUCCAGACGGUAAUGAAGGGUGAUUUAGAGGAACUGAAGAGAUUUCCUCAGUAUUUUUCGUUUAGUUUGGAAGGUAAGAUCAAGCCCAGGCACAGAAUGUUGGUGCAGUAUGGGCUUAAGCUCCCGUUAUCGAAUAUGUUGAAGGUUAGCGAUGGGGAUUUCAUUGCAAUGUUGAUGGAGAUGAGGCUGGGAAGAGCUAAGCAGGAGGUAGAUCGAUGGAAGUAAAAGCAAGCAAGUAAGGUCAUCCUAUUUGUUGAGUUUCAGUUUUAUGCUCUCUUGUUGGAUUGGGAAUUGGUGAUCAUCAUGACGAAUUCUAGCUGUGAUUUUUAAAAUCUGUUCUUAGUUAUACAGACAGCUCAACCACAAUACAUGAGGUAUCAGCACCAAUUCUAAGUUGCUGUUUUCAAAUUGGGGCAGGCUGAGCUCUUAAUUUCAACUCUAAAGGCUUGUUUCUUAUUUUUGAGGAUGAUUCAAUAUUUGUGUGCAAUGGACAUCAAAAGUUGUUGUUUGCAAGAGCGUGAUGGCUUGUUUUCUAUACAAAUGCAAUUUUUUUGCAAGAAAUUAUAUGUUGUCCCUGUAGCGUUAGCAUCCCUAUCAUUUUUUGGAAACUUGUUAUACUGAUCCCUAAUGUAGAAUUUCCUUAGGUGACUGAAUCCAGGUGCAUCUAGGGACUGCACAGUCUAUCAUUCCAUAUGCACAGUCAACAACCAAGAUUGUUGUUGCUCUACAAGCUCACUUGGGCUUACACUUUUGUCACACCUUUGAGCAUGUUGAAGAGGUAAAAGCUAGAUUCUGAACCCCUUGAAUUAAGUACUUUUUGUUGAUCUAAACUUUUGUGUUGUCGCAUUUCUAUCAUUGAUGGAUAAGGUCUAAGAUUGUGUUAGUAAAGUAUUAUUUCAGAAGCAAAAUUAUACUUGUGCAUUAGAAAUGUUUGUUGAGGUUAUCUAUGUAACAAAGCCCCUAAUGACGGUGAUUACCGGUUUCUGCUGGCGAGGAAUUCGAAAAAAUCCAUAUUUCUGUGCACUAGAUCCCGUGUACAGUGAGUCUUAUUCCACUGAUGCAACGAUUAAUAGAUGGCCCUUAACCGAAACUUGUGCAUAUUGUUUCUGUGAUGUUACACCUAUAUUAUAACCAUUCCAAUAAGUAUCCUUUCUGUUUUCAUCCCUUAAAGUAUUGGUUUGUCCUGCGGCAUUCCACUACUACUAGAAAAUGUUAUCUGGUAUUCCGUAGAGAUUGGUAUCUUGUUUAAGCAACGAGCUGGGUUACCUGGUAACCUUGGAAUAUGUUGUUAGAUCUUUCUACCCUUCUUGCCAACUAAGUCCCUGAUGCUUUCUUCUCAUGGGAAUAUCCAUUAAUCAUAUUCUUCUUGGUUAUGAUUUGAUGAAUGGCCAGCGAAAGGAAAUAAAUUGAACUUCAUUUUGUUCUCUACAGGUACCCAUAUCUCGUUGAGAUGCCAUAGGAGCUGUGCGAAAUUUGAUAGGAAAUGGAAGAAGUUGGUUCUGGAACAGGGACAUCAGCAAGAUUUGCUUGGAACGUUAUGGUUUCUGGAUUACGGAGCAGUGUGAAAUUCACAAGACUGUUGACUGUGCCCUAAGCACAAAGCUUUGCGGUGGUGAUGUGACUCGGAGUUCUGAAGGGCAUCGAAGCACGUUUCGUCCAAGCAAGAUUUGCUUGGAACCAUAUGGUUUCUGGAUUACACGCUUUGAAGACACAUAUUGCAGCCUGUGAUGAACCUUCUGAUGAUUGUUUGAUCAAUCCCCUUUUAUCCAGACGCGUGAAACUUUAUGAUAAGUUGUCUCUGUCAAGAUGAAAUUUCCGACCGAGAGCAAUGGUACGGCCAGCCUCUGAUUGAGGCUCUAUAAAAUCGUAAACGGAGAGUCGAGGUUGACGCUCCGGCCAUGCCGUCAACGAUUAAGUAGGCGUGAUUCUGGUGAAUGUAGAGAAAGAAAGUUGGAGAAAGUUUAGGGAAAUGUGAAGAUUUAAGUUAUCUAGUGGAAAGAGUUGUAGGUCUCCUUCCUCAGAUGCCUGGAAGUCUUGCCCUUGCCCUGGGGGCUCAGAGGAUGAGAAUACAUGCAUAAAAACGUU